AGUAGGAGAGGUGGUUUCAGUGCAGUAGCGUUACAUAAUUCUCUGCCGGUAAGUUUCAAGCCUUUCUCCUGAAACCUAGUUGUAGUAAGAAAUUAUUAAGUUAUUUUGAAGAAGAAGAUGAAGGCGAUAAUGAUGAGUGAUAGGGAACGUAAUUACUCCGUGAGAGCUAAGAAGAUGAAGAAAAUGUUGGAGAUUUUCGACGCUAAUAAAGAUGGGUAUCUCUCCCUGACGGAGCUGGUGGCUUGGAUCCCUAAUUGAAUUACAAUAUUAGAAGGAUUCCGGAUGUCCUUUCAGAAUACCUCCGCUCUUUCAUCAAUAGUGUAUAUGGUGCUCUAGGCAUAACGUAUGUUGGCUUCACCCUAAUUUAUGAGUUUAAAAAAACGUGACCUUGAUCGACCCUCCAAUUCCAGCAAGAUAAAACAGCUCAUGCAAUUCAGCAGGUACUAAUAUUUACAUUUUUGAUAACGUUGCAGACUCAAAUCAAAAUGACAAUAUUGCACAAAGCUUAUACUUACACUCCCAUAGUUCGAAUCUAAUUGCCCCAUCAGAGAGGAGAGGAUGAAGAAAAUCUUCGAUGCUAACAAAGAUGGCCAUCUCAGCAUGAUGGAUCAUGGCCGUAGAACCCAAAUUGGAUAACUACAACCACUGUCAAAAGGUUCUGGCUUUCCUUUCAGACUACCUCGGCAGCAGUUACUCCUUUACCCUAGUUGGUUAUAAAGGCCUAUGCUAUACUGGUUUCACCUUAAUUUAUAAGCAAAAAAAACGUGACCUUGAUCGUGACUUCGACACCCUCCAAUUCCAGCAAGAUAAAACAACAACUUAUGCAAUUCAGCAGGUAUAAGGUGAAAUCCCUUAAGUCUCUAGCCAUUUAAUCAAGCCAGAUUAAUAUUCACUUACUUUAUGAUUGUGCUAGUGUUCAACGAGCACCCACAAAGACAACAGAGAAGAAGAAAACCACACAUCAACUUCAGGCAAGUAUCUUCCAUAUCUGAAAUAAUCUUUCACUUCGCUUAAGUUGUUUUCUGUUUUUUAUGAAAUUUUUAUACGGAGGACUGAUCAGCAUUGCUGGGCAGGUAAAUAAUUUCAGAAACACAGUGCAACAAGUGGUGCAAAUACCUCAUCUAACUUUAUUACUAUUCGAGAACAUUUUGAUAAUGUUGCUUUUUAAGCCGUAAUCUAGACAUAAAUGACAAGACGAAAUAUUCUACCAAACUACAAGUGUAAAUAAUCUUUAAUCUUCGCUCUACAAGGCCAAAUUGACUAUAGAUGUUAUUUUAUAUAAAAGUGGUAGAGUUUACUGUUAUAGUAAAUAAAAUUCAUUAAGCAUACGUUAAAUUGAUUGUAGCGACAUUGUACAACACUCCUUCACCUAGCCAGAACUUUUUGUAGCUGUAUCCAAGAAAAAGUCAGUGGGGAGGUUAAAGCUGAAUUUAAAUAUUGGCUAUACAUAACUUUCCGGUGCUGACUUUGGAUUCUGAAUUCGUAAUUUACUUAAAUUUAUCUUCACUUUAUUUUUACCAAGCUGUGACUUUAAGUCAUUUAUAAUAUUCUUAGCGUCUUUCUUCACAACUAUCACAAUGCUGUAGAAGGCGUUAAGUCAAAAGGAGAGUAUAAAGGGCCUGAUCCUCAGCUGGCUGCUACUCUUGAAAAGGAAAUCUUGGAUACUAAUACAGGGGUGAGAUGGGAUGAUGUUGCAGGACUGAAUGAAGCAACGAGGCUUUUACAGGAAGCAGUGGUACUCCCACUGUGGAUGCCUCGAUAUUUCCAGGGAAUCAGGAGACCUUGUAGAGGAGUUCUUAUGUUUGGUCCUCCUGGCACAGGGAAAACACUCUUGGCGAAAGCUGUUGCUACAGAGUGUAGGACAACAUUUCUGAAUGUUUCUUGUUCUUCGUUGUGUGCAAAAUGGUAUGGUGAGAGUGAACGAUUGGUCCGGUGCUUGUUUGAUCUUGCCCGUGCUCGUGCUCCAAGUACAAUUUUCAUUGAUGAGAUUGAUUCUCUUUGCAGUGCCAGAGGGGCUUCCGGAGAGCAUGAAAUAUCCCGAAGAGUGAAGUCUGAACUUCUAGUUCAGAUCGAUGGGUUAAACUCAAUUGUGGAAUUGGCCAACAAGCAAAUUCCUUUGUUCACAUAG